GAGAAGUCAAUAUGUCGUUUCAUUAUUUGUUUUUAUUAAUUUUCCUUAUUAAUUUGGGUUGCGUUAUAUCUGAGCUGAGUUUGAGGUUUGUGUUCAUAAUAGAGUCUCAAGAGCAGGACUUGACUCAUGAGAUCAGCAAGGCGUUGAAGCUGGCCGAGAGUGGGAAGUCUGAUGUUAAGCUGGAUGAUGCUAUAGUAGUGCUGGAUAGAGAGACUGAGGACGAGAGUUAUAGGAUGCUAUGUUCCUCACUAUCAAAAGGCGUCUCCAUGAUCAUCGACCUCUCCUGGACUCCAUGGGAGAUGGCAGAGGAUCUAGCAGCGGAGACAGGAGUGCCUGUAGUCAGGACACUGCUGGGCUCUCAGCAGCUGGUGAAGGCUUUGGAUGAGUACCUGGAGUCUAGGAAUGCUACCGAUGCGGCGAUUAUAUUGGAGAGUGAGAGUGACGUGGACCGCACACUCUACGAGUUGCUAGGAGCCUCGAACAUCAGAGUCUGGGUGCACGCCGGCCUCACCAGAGACUCUGCCAAGGCUCUGAAGACCAUGCGUCCUGAACCCAGCUUCUAUGUCAUAGUGGGGGAGAGCGGGUUUAUUAUGGAUACUUAUAGACGGGCAGUAAAAGAGAAACUCGUACGCCGCGACUACCGCUGGAACCUCGUCCUAACUGACUACUCGACCCUGGAGUUGAGUCAGCUAGUUCUGCCGACCGUCACCCUGCAGGCAGACCCUGGGGAGUGCUGCAAGCUGAUGAGGAGAGAGGAUUGUUCAUGUCCGAAUGAUUUUCAGAGAAAACAAUACAUCCUGAACGCGCUCAUCCAGUACAUGGCAGAGGUGUACUCCAAACUAGACAGAGAUCUUUCCUUGGUCACCAGCUCCAUCAGCUGUGAGGAGCCAGAAGCUACUAUGAACAGCACCAGAGAUAAGCUGUACAGGCAGUUCGCUGAGGAUACGGAGAUCAGUAAUGAGACGCUUUUUUAUUGGGAUAUGGAUCGAUCCGGUCUAUUCCUCCGCUCUCGUUUCAUUCUAUCAACAUACAAGCCGACAGCUGGACAGCAGACCAUAGCUACCUGGUCUGCUGAUGAGGAGUAUAAACUAUUGCCAGGAGUUGAGCUCGAACCGCUGAAGAUGUUCUUCAGAAUUGGAACUGCUCCUGCUGUACCAUGGACUCUGAUGAAAUUGGAUCCAGAAACUGGUGAACAGAUGUACGAUGACGAUGGACAGCCUCUUUACGAGGGUUACUGCAUCGAUUUGAUUGCUAGAUUGUCUGAGACCAUGUCAUUUGACUACGAGAUCGUGUCUCCCAAAAGCGGUGGUUUUGGCAAGAAGCUACCCAAUGGAACUUGGGAUGGUGUGGUAGGAGAUCUUAUGAGAGGCGAGACAGAUAUAGCAAUAUCAGCUUUGACAAUGACAGCAGAGAGAGAAGAAGUAAUAGAUUUCGUGGCUCCUUACUUUGAACAGACUGGAAUACUUAUAGUGAUCAGAAAACCCAUUCGAAAAACAUCUCUGUUCAAAUUCAUGACGGUGCUACGAACAGAGGUGUGGCUGAGCAUAGUAGCUGCACUGGUGCUGACCGGCUUCAUGAUCUGGCUACUCGACAAGCACUCCCCCUACUCCGCCAGGAACAACCCCCACGCCUACCCCUACCCCUGCAGGGAAUUCACACUAAAAGAGAGUUUCUGGUUUGCCCUCACGUCGUUCACUCCACAAGGCGGUGGUGAGGCUCCGAAAGCCCUGUCUGGCAGAACAUUGGUGGCAGCCUACUGGCUGUUCGUAGUCCUCAUGUUGGCUACGUUCACUGCUAAUCUAGCUGCCUUUCUCACUGUUGAGAGGAUGCAGACGCCAGUAUCAUCACUAGAGCAGCUAGCUCGACAGUCAAGGAUCAACUACACAGUCGUAGAAGGCUCGUCAGUGCACCAGUACUUCAUUAAUAUGAAGUUUGCUGAAGAUACUCUUUAUAGGGUAUGGAAGGAGAUAACUCUAAACGCGACAUCUGAUCAGGCGCAGUAUAGAGUGUGGGAUUAUCCAAUCAGAGAGCAGUACGGACACAUAUUACUGGCUAUCAACGCCUCAGAACCAGUGCCUGAUGCUAAGACAGGUUUCCAACAAGUGAACGAGCAUACUGACGCUGAUUUCGCUUUCAUACACGAUUCAGCUGAAAUAAAGUACGAGGUCACCAGGAACUGCAACCUUACAGAGGUAGGGGAGGUGUUCGCUGAGCAGCCGUAUGCUAUAGCCGUGCAGCAAGGCUCCAGGCUGCAGGAGGAGCUGUCCCGGGCGCUGCUGGAGCUGCAGAAGGAGAGGUUCCUGGAACAGCUGGCUGGGAAAUAUUGGAACGAGUCAGCCAGACAAGCGUGCCCUGAUGCUGACGAGUCCGAAGGCAUCACCCUGGAGAGUUUAGGCGGAGUCUUUAUAGCUACACUAUUCGGGCUAGGCCUAGCAAUGAUAACACUAGCCUGGGAAGUAUUCUACUAUAAACGCAAAGAGAAAAACAAAGUCCAGACUUUCAGCACGAAGCCGGAGAAAGUCGCCUUCGAGUCGAAGUCGACGCUGGAAACGAAAGUCGCGGAGUCGGUGGCUAAGCUGAAGAAACGAGGGAAGAAGGGAAAUUUGGCUAAAAAUGUUACUUUUGGUGAUACUUUUAAGCCUGUGGCUGAAAAGGGCGUUUCUUAUAUAAGUGUUUUUCCGAAAGAUUAUAGGCCUUAGAAUUUAUGUAAAUUAAAGCCAUGUAUUC